AUGCCGGAGGGAAUUACCUACUACGAUAUGAAGCGAAUGAUUGAAGCUCAAGUUCCAGCUGGCACUUACAGACUUGACCUUCACCCAAGGUGGUUCAGAGCCGACAAUGGCACUCUUUUCAAUGCAAAUUUGAUCGAAUGCAUGAAGGGGAGAUCCUUCCAGUUUUCAGGAGCUGGUGUCGAACAUUGGGGCAAGGCACUAGGUAUCCCUCUAGCUGAUGGUAUUUGGCUCCGCGUGCAAUUUGCGCUCCAUGGUCACGGCCUACCUGCUAGCACUGAAGAAUAUCUAUCCAUGGUCAAGGCCUGGGACGAUCAUCCGAAUUCGGAGUUCAACACAACCGUAUUGGGUGCAAUAGUAGGAGAAGAAAUGACCGUUCUUUUGGUGGAUCGGUAG